AUGGCUGAUGAAAACUAUACAAGGAUCACAGAAUUCAUUUUCAUUGGUUUAAAGUACCAUCCUCAGCUCCAGGCCUUUCUUUUCGUGCUCUUUCUUCUUUUUUACCUCAUUACCAUGACAGGGAAUUUGGGCAUGAUUAUUCUUAUCCGGGUUGAUUCCCACCUCCACACACCCAUGUACUUUUUUCUCAGCCACCUGUGCUUUGUGGACAUCUGCUUUUCCUCAGUUGUGGGUCCCAAGAUGCUCACCGACUUCUUUGCUGAAAGAAAAGCCAUCUCUUUCCUGGGCUGUGCCUUGCAGCAAUGGUUUUUUGGGUUCUUUGUGGCCAUUGAGUGCCUUCUCUUGGCAUCUAUGGCCUACGACCGCUAUGUCGCCAUCUGUAACCCACUGUUGUAUUCAGUUGCCAUGUCCCAGAGGCUCUGCAUACAGCUGGUGGCCGGGCCCUAUGCUGCAGGCUUCUUAAACACCAUGACUCACACAACAGCUGCUUUUCGACUCCCUUUUUGUCGCUCCAAUAUAAUCAAUCAUUUCUUCUGUGACAUGUCUCCCCUGCUUUCUCUUGUAUGCGCUGACAUCAGGAUCAAUAAAUUAUUGGUUUUCAUUGUGGCUGGCGCUGUGCUCGUUGUCAGUAGCCUGACCAUCAUAGUCUCCUAUUGUCACAUCCUCAUUGCCAUCCUGAGGAUCCGCUCUGCUGUGGGAAGACGGAAAGCCUUUUCCACCUGCUCUUCACAUGUCACAGCGGUUUCCAUCUUGUAUGGGACUCUCUUCUUCAUCUAUGUGCGACCAGGUGCAAUAUCUUCUCUGGACAUCAAUAAAGUGGUGUCCGUGUUCUACACAGCCGUGAUCCCCAUGUUGAAUCCUCUCAUCUACAGCUUGAGGAAUAAAGAAGUGAAGGCUGCCAUGGGUAGGACAAUCACCAAGAGCAAGUUUUUCAUCCAAAAUUAA